CUGACGCUCAUAACGUCCUGCUUGCUGCUGUUGCUGUUUCGUCAAUCGACUUGUCGCCUUUAACCACGUUACGCUGCAGUAAACGCCGAUACCAUGGGUACCAAAACCAGAUCAUCGGAGCCUACCUUCGUGGUUCACAGCUUCCAAGGCGCGCGUUCUCAACUUCAAUUAGAAUCGCGGCCUGCAUCAAGAGCUUCGUCUCAAGGUACCGAUAAGGGCGAAAUAAAGGCAACUCCACCCAACGGCCAGGUCCAUGUCUUCUCGCUCUCGAACCGACCCAAGCAGAGCCGCGCGAGCGCGCCCAAGACCCGGAACGGGUGUAAAGAAUGCAGGAAACGCCACAUCAAGUGCGACUUGGCCAGGCCACACUGCAUGAAAUGCGUCAAAUCAAAUCGCAUCUGCGAGGGCUACCUCGAUUCGGGACUUCGUCUCAUGCCGCAGAGACACAAGCAAGCCCAAAUCACUUCCCAUCCGGGCGAUGGAAGCGGCGGCGGCGGGCAAAUCACCCGCACCGCACGGCGUCGUGCCCCUGACCACCGCGUCCUCAUCACCCCUGGCUACGAGACGGCCCUGUUCCAGAACCAGCGGCAGUGGGACUCGUUCCAGUCCUUCAUCGUGAACCUGGAACAGGGCGCCACCGUCCUCAAGAACCACGUGGCGGAGAUGACGCCGCAGUACGCCAACCACGAGAUCGCCAUCCGGGAGAUCUGCUCCGGCAUCGGGGCCCUAGGCAAGGCCCUACACCCCGUCAUCAGCGACAAGCUUGUUGGUGCAGACUACCGCGCCGCGCUGGAGCACUACGGCCAUGCCGUCAAGGCCGUCUUCAGCGUCAAGGCGACGACGUACACGCUGCCGUACAUGGUGUUGACGUCGAUGCUCUUCACCACCUUUGAGAUGAUGGCGGGCAACCCCGAGGCUGCGUCAAAGCAUCAUAACCAUUCCGUUGCUAUGAUGGACCAGUUUGUUACUCUCCGGCUGAAGGAGGACGGCGUCCAGUUUGAGAAGCUUCAUCUUUCUGAGCUCGAGUCUGCCCUGUUCGAUACCUUACAGAGACUUGAUACGCAUCCCUGGGCCACAGGGUUCGGUCCGGAAGGGAUCCGCGUCACGGCGCAGGCGCGCAACUUCCCCCACGGGUGUAGACACAGAUACAACAUGCAAGACAUGCCAUCAAGUCUUACCAACAUCACCGAGGCGUCGCGGUGGUGGCAUCUAACGCAACACGCCAUGAUGCACUGUCUCCACGGCCUCAAAUCCUCCAUCAACCCCCCCUCCUCCGACCCCUCCAACGACACCGCCAUCUGGAAAGAAUCAGCCAACCUCCUCCAAACAUGGCACGCCAGCUUCUCCCCGCUCCUCCAAACCUCGCGACAGCAACGAGAACACAACCCCCACCGCUGGUUCCAAGCCAUGACCCUCGAAUCUCUCUACGUAGAGAACCUCGCGGCCAUCUACAAGCGUCACAAGCUCGACGCCAACGUCCUCCCCGCCGUGACGCCGCUGUACCGCGACAUGAUCAGCCACGCGCUGCAGCUGGCGCGGAAGCAGGAGCUCAACGGCCUCAAGACGCUGGUGCUCGAGAACGACCUCAUCCGGCCGAUGGCGUUUGUGGUGUACAAGUCGCGCGCGGAUCCGGAGAUUAUGGGCGAGGUCACGGAAGUGUUGCAGGAGUUUGUGGGGGGCGUGGGGAUCGCGGAGUCGUUGUUGUAUAUGUUUGGGUGUCGGGAGAAGAAGGCUCCUUUGAUGGCGCUGGAGAGGGCUUGGGGAUGGUAUUUUACGUCGUCGGGGGUUUCGUCUGGGGCUAGUUGUCUUGAUUACUUGACUUGA